AUGUCCCGCAGAGACGUGCGUACCAGGGAUACAGAAAACUCGAUAUGGCUGGAUCUGACUGAGAACGUCUUCCGCCAGCAUUUGGUCGCCCUCGAGGAGAGAACUAAUGCAGUCCCACUCGAACCACAAGUUUUUACCGCUGCGGAGUGGCAUCCACCGUCUCCCAACAAGUCAAAAACUCAGUACACAUUGCCACUUGCUGUUGAGCAACAAGUGGCUGAUGAGUUUGCUUGUCUAGUUGCCGUUGAAGAAGGCGCCCAAAGCGUGGCUGCUAUUUGUAUGGAAGAGCACCCCCAAGCUCCGAGGCUCACUCUGCGAUUUGCUGCUAUGGACGUGUCGUUUAACGAUACGGUCCAGAGAGCUUUGGAAGAAUGGUCUGUUAUUUUAUCCAGGGCUGCUGCUGGAAAUGGACCGCCUCUUUUCGAUCCUGUCGAAGCGAUGUUUCAUGGAGUCAUUCGGUUGCAUUUCCGUCGCCUUCUUGCACGGCUCCGGUCCAGCAAGUGGAACAAGCCCAAAUAUUUAUCCAAAAGCCACAAAAAACCCCUCUGGCAGGAUAUGGAGGGGCUGAUUCAUCGCGCGCAGUUCGUAUACACCAAGAAGGAGAGAGUGACGAGAGUGCUGGUGGAGAAGUUCUUGGGCGACCUGGCUGCAGUUUAUGAAGCCUUUGAACAUGCAUUGGGGAAUGAGCUUACCGAAAUAGAGCAAGUCGUUUUGAGAAGCUUGGAAUUCUGUUCCACUGCAGAGAUCAAGGAUUAUUUGCUUCGUUUGGAAAGUAGUGUGGGCGCAAAGCCAACAAAUCAAAUGGCGUCUGCAUUGAAAACCCUUCGACAGAUUCAAAAAAUUGCUUCAUAUCGCCGGAUGAGCAUGUCUUUGGUCAAGAUCGCCAAAGAGUAUCCGAAUUUAUUCGAAGGCGGAAUAACAUUGGCGUACUUGACGCCGUACCAAAGUGUCCCAACAACCAUUGGAUAUGAAGAAUGGGCGACUACUUGUCAUGUCCACGCUGAAGUCCAAUUGGCCGUUCAUUAUGACCUGAUCUCUCAACAAAAACGGGAAAUGUUUCUGAAACCACGAGCUAUUGGUGUAUCCAAGUCGCUUUGUUACCUCUGUUACCGUUUCCUGCUAGCUCACCAUGGAUUCUUUCCGUCGAGGACUCACGGCAGGUUGUAUGAUCAAUGGACUUUGCCCGAUCUAUCCGAGUUCGAUGAGGAUACUGAGAAGCGAUAUCGGAAUAUUUUGAAGGAUAUUGAUGAGGAAGUGGGGAGACAUACAGAGAACGAACCAGAACUUUGGAGAAUAGAACCGAUGACGAGCAUUGACGUGUAUUACAUACAACAUCAAAACUAG